AUGCCGCCGAAGAUAAGACGACCGAUUCCUGAAGAACAUGAGGAGUCCGGGGUCUACACGGGAAAACCUUUACCCACUUACAGACCGACCUCGCAGUUGGUACCUCUAGGAGGUACAGCGAGGCUCUUCUGCGAAGCUUACCUGGGUAAGGUUGACUUGCCCGACGCCAAGAAUUCCGUUACCUGGUCGAAAAGUGAUAGCAACGUGACACUGCCCAGUCACGGUAGGAUAGCACAGCACAGGGUGUCCCGGGAGAACGAUCAAAUAAUCGGUUCUUACUUGGAAAUCGAGGACGUCACUCUCGAGGAUUACGGCGAGUACAAAUGCGAAGUCAGCAACGGCGUCGACGAGGAGAUCACAUUGGCUGCUCACGUGUACCGACAAGAGCCACAAUUCGUAUUAAGCCUUCCGAAUGGGUCUUGGCGGAAGUCUCUUCUGCUGGCAGUCCUCGUCCUUGUGCUGUUACUAUCAGCUGGCGCAUUUUACGCGCGUUGCUGGCUGCCACUUGCACUGUUUUGCAGAGACAAGUUCGGUCGCCUCGAGGAAAGCGACGGGAAGGAAUGCGACGCCCUGGUGUGCUACCACGAGAAGGACUCGAGUUUGGUGAUCGGUAUCGUGAUACCCACGCUGGAGUCUAGGCAUCGGUACAAGUGUGCAGCGCUGGAGUUGUCUCAGCUGAAUCACAAUUGGAGUCUGGAAAUCAGUCCUCAUGCCAAUACAACUCGGCGAAUCGUCGUCGUGCUCAGCCCCGCUUCCCUGGACAACAUCUGGACAGACGCGAGCGUCGGCGCGGUGUUGAAGCAACUGUCGUCGCUUCCAAUCCGGGUGAUUGUCGUCACGUUGAAGAGACUGCCGAGUACAACUGCGACAAUCGCGAAGCGAUCGCGGCGGGAUCGUCGUGACGCCGAUAAUACCUCUUUCGAUCGACUGACGAUCCUGUCUUGGCAGGACGGCGGUGGCGGUGGCAGUGACGGCAAUGGUACCGCCUUCGGUAGUGGUGGCCGCAAGUUCUGGUACAAACUGAGGCUCGCGAUGCCGGCGAUGCGGCCGGUGGCGUCCGAGACCGGUUGCCAAUCAGUAGCAAUGAUAGUGCAGGCCAACGGCAAGUGCGGACAGCAAAAGGCACGCUCGCGCGAGAGCCUGGAAGUCCUUGUCUAA